AUGGCUAUCCGCUUGUGGGAGGUCGUCCUGGCCUUAACUGCCAUCCUCAUUGUGGACAAGGAAGUGCCAGCGUCAGCAAGAAAGCCCAUUUUCUCAAGAAUGCCCAUUUGUGAGCACAUGGCAGAGCUUCCACAUUGUGAACAGACACCUAACCUGAUCUGUGGCACUGAUGGGGUCACAUACAACAAUGAAUGCCAACUCUGUGUGACCCGGAUGGAAACCAAAAAGGACAUCCAGAUCUUGAAAGACGGCAAAUGCUGACUCCAAAGCAGCUCUUCCAGCCCUGAAGUUCCAGAGUAGAGAAUACUAGUAGGCAAAAAAGAGGAUGUGACAUGAAAUAAAAGAUGCAGCCCAA